AUGAUUACUCCUCCUCAAACUCCUGGUGUAAAAUCUCCUACAAAACCUAAUUUUCAAUUUCCUCCAAAUGCUUCUGAUCAAAAUUCUCAAUCAAUGCCUCCUAAAGUUAAACGUAAAAGAAUUACUCAAGAACAAUUGGCUGAUUUAGUUGCUAUGUUUGAACAAACUGAUACUCCAAGUUAUGAUGUUCGUGAAAAAUUAGCUAAAAAAUUAAAUAUGACUAAUCGUGAAGUUCAGGUUUGGUUUCAGAAUCGUCGUGCAAAAGCUAAUCGUGCUAAAGCAAAUGAACAUAAUGCUUCUCAUCAACAUCAUCGAUUUUUACAUCAUCAUUCCGUUUCAACCGCUCAAGCUGCUAGUGGUCAUGCUUCUUCUAUUGGAAUGAUUAAUCCUGGAAAUUUCACUUUUGUUCCAAUGUUUACAAAUGGUGGUCCUUCAGCUGGUUGUCCGGCAAAGGGUCGUAAUAAUCGAAGACAUUCUUGUGUUACUUCGACUAUUAAUUCUCAAAAAAAGGCUUCGCAAAAUUCUCCAUUUACCAGACAAAGAGCUGCUACUGUUACUGGUGCUCCUAUGACUUCUUCCCAUAAUUCUUCUCAAAAAAUGGUGAUGCCUCCUUCAAUAAAAAUUAUGCCUUCUUACGGUCAAGAUCAUCAACUUCAUCCUACACAUCAUGUUUAUGGUGCUCAUGGUCAUACUGUUCCACAUUCACCUGUAUCACCUAUCUCUCCAACUACUUCUGCUCCAAUAUUACCUCCGCCUAUUCCAUCUUCUCAUUAUAUGUUACCGGGUCUUAAUCCUUGUACUCUUCCACCCCCAAUUCCUCCAAUUAAAGAUCUUCUUCAUCCUUCUUCUGAUCUAUAUCAAUCUACCCAACAUUCUUUGACCUCUAUUCAUCAUCACCAAUCUUAUAAUACUCAACAACCUCAUCAUUCUUUUUCUUCAACUGUUGAAAAUCAAUCAACUCUUUCACCUGUUGUACCAAAAACUUCUCCAAUUGACAUUCUUGCUACAGCUGCUGAAUUUGUUCAAAGUGAAGAAAAAGAAAAGGAACGCCUUAGAGCUCUUGAAGCUAUGAAACAAGAUGAUGAGAAUGAUGAUUCUCAGAAAUCAAGCGUCUGGAGACCUUG